AUGACCAAAGACGACGAUUAUGUUUUGGGACGGAGCAUCUCCGACUCUAUCCGGCUAGAUGCGCAGCAUUUACUUUGGAAAAUGCACACGGGAUAUGAAUUACACCCAGGAAUUCCCGUCACAGACGACAUGAAGAUCGCCGAGGUGGGAACUGGAACGGCUGUGUGGAUCUUCGAUCUCGCAAGAAAACUUCCAUCCACCAUUCGCCUCUAUGGAUUCGACAUCUCCGAUGCGCAAUUCCCAAUCCGAAAGCUCUGGCCGAAAAAUGUCACUCUCGAUACACUGGAUUCUCUGACUGAACCGCCCGCGUCACUUGCCGGCCAAUUUGACGUGGUGCAUCUGAGAAUGUGGGCAAGCAACUUACGGGGCAAGAAUACAAUCCUUCUGAUCAACCAUGUCAAGUCGUUGUUGAAACCCGGUGGCUUCAUCCAGUGGGAGGAAGCCGACCUGGUCCACCAAUAUGUCGAAGGGCCCAAGGCCGAAGCGUUUGAACGUGAAAUCAACGAAGUGUUCGAAAAGGUCGGCCUUGAUUACAGCUGGGUAUCUCGUCUAGCAGACCAAAUGCGUCAAGUGAAUUUCCGCAUGAUCGAAGCGGAGCGCAAGACCUUCGACCAUGACUUGAAACAUCUCUGCACCAACACGUAUCUGUUGGCUCUUCGGGAAAUCCUCCAGGGAAUCAAGCGUCUUUUGGGAAGUCAGUCUCUUCUGUCCGUUACGGAGCUAGAGCUUCAAUUGCACCAAUUGACGCUGGAAAGAGCGGAUGGGAUUAUCUACAAUUGGUCACCGGUGACACUGUUGGUGCAGAAGAAUGAAUGA